AUGGAUAACAUGGAAGUUGAUGAUUCAGCAAAAGAACAAGAGACUGCUUUUUCUCUUGACAUUUUGUCGUUAAUUAACGAAGCACGUAACACGUAUGGACUUCGACACCAAGAUUACAAUCGAUACAGACAAUAUUGUAUGAAAAAAAUUUAUCGACUUCGCGUUUCUUUAAAUUUCACUCAUUCAAAGGGACGGUUUACGAAUUUUAAAGAAAUAACCGUUGAUAUUUUAAAUGACAUAAGAUAUUUGCAUAUCGCACUAUUUGAUGCAGAAAGAGCGUGGAGUUAUGCAAUGGAACUUAAAAGAGAAUCUUUGUCAACUGGGGAUACUCGUAAAAAACAUCAUUUAAUUAAUAGAUUAAAAAAGGCAGACAAAUUAAGUACUCAAUUAGAAAAAUUAUGUUCACGAGAAGCUGGAAAAGCAUAUUCAGCUUUAAUGUCUGGUUAUUUAUUAUUCGAAAAACAAUCUUUUCAAGCAGCAUUAGAUAAAUUUGCUGCAGCAAGAACGAUAUAUGAAAAAUUGUCUUCUGCGGGAACACCUCAUCAAGAAACACUUUGUCAAUCGGCAAUUGAUGAUAUAGAUCCUAAUAUUCGUUAUUGUGCAUAUAAAUUACGUAUAGGUACAGAUAGUGUUUCAGAUGUGGAAGAUCUUGUUAAAACGACUAUUAAGAAAAAUAAAGGUGUUGGUUUAGAUUUAUUAGAAGCAGAAGUUGAGUCUGUCCUCGCACAAAAUCGUCAAGUAAAAGCUGCUUCAAUAACAUCAAUUUCAUGGCGUGGUCAUAUUAUCCCACUUAAAAAUGCGGAUUUGGCAAUUUGCAUUUUGAAAACUCGUGAAGCUUCCACGAAAUUGGAAGAAGCUUUAAAUACUAAUGCAGAAGAGGCAACUAAGAUGGAAAUGUUUGAUUCACUCCUUGAGGCAUAUGGAGAUGCAGAAAGGUUCGCCAAAAAUGCCUUAAAGGAAGAUGCGUCGGAACAAAUCUCGGCGGACCUCAAUUAUGUUUAUAAUUAUGUAUCAUAUAAUUAUUUAUGUCGUAGAAUUCAACGUAAUCUAAUGCUCGUUGAUUCUCUUAAGAAACAAUUAGAGGCCCAGAAAUCUUCAGAUGAUGUCGGAUUUAUUAGUGGAAAAUAUCAAGAUAUUGUAAAAUUAUAUGAUAAUGUGUUACAGAGUUUGAAUGAAAUUAGUGAACUUUCCGAAGUUCAGAAUAACUUACCUUUAUCACAAGAAGUUGAGGCAAAGAUUUGGUUUUUUAAAGCUUGGCGGACUUUAUACGUAGCAUCCGCUUAUGCAAUUUUAAAUAAAGAAUUAGAAGCUAUUCUUUUAUAUGAACGUGCUAAUGAAUAUAAUCUUCAAGCUAAAACUUCACUUUCCAAUUUAACACCAGACAAAGAAGAUAUAUUAAUUAUUUCAAAGGAAAAUGUUGAUAAUUUGGAAUCAUUAUUAAGAAGUCAUAAAGUUAAAGCUCAUGCAGCAUUAAAUUUUUAUCAUAGUGGAGAUGAUUCUGAUAUAACAGAGAAAAUGAAUGAAUUGGGAAUUGACGAAGAAAAAUCAAAAGCGAGAAAUAAAAAGGAUGAGAUGCCUUUAAUCGAACAUCUUAAUCAAUAUCCAUUAAAUUUAUCAAUUAAUAAUGUUAAUUUAAUUAAUUUCCCUCCGGAAUUUACUGCUAUUCCAGCAAAACCAUUAUUCUUUGAUAUAGCUUCAAAUUAUAUUAAUUAUCCUUCUAAUUUGUCUCAACGUGCAGGUCAUAAACAAGGCAUUCUUGGAUUUUUUGGUGGUUUUUGGGGUUCGAGAAGAAACAAUUCAUUUUAG